GCGAAAAAGAAAAUUCUCUGGUCCCGAUCCCCUACUUCAGCUUUCCGGUGCGGAAUGAGAGGAACGGCACUAUGCAUUGCAAAAAUAUCAUACUAGUAAAAAUCGCAUGGCAAAUUCCCUCAGCAUGAAAAAUUGAAUUUGUAAUGCGGAUUUGGGUUCAGUUUCAGAGGGAGCUUUGUAAUGCAUGAAGAUUGCGAUUACUACGAGUGCGAUACUUUUGCACAGGAUAGGCACGCUAUCCGUCCAAAUCCCCUGGGACGAGCAGCCGUGGAACACGGACAUCAGGCCGUACUUAUCAAAUGUAAAAGUGUCUGGGUCUGGAAGGUUGGAACUUGUGAUGCUAACUUUGAACUCUAUAAAAAAUCUGUAUUGCAUGAACAGCAAAAGAGGUGUAAUCCGUGCUACGCGGAGAGGGCAUUUUUCAUGCGGUAUGAGCAUCAGAAAGCCCUCGCAAAAUCUCUGAUGCUAGGGCAUGCAUGAUCACAGACCUCAUGGGUCAUACAAAAUCUGCAUGACAAACUCCCGCAAUCUUCCAGACCCAGACAUUUUUGCAUUUGAUAGUACUUGACGAGAGACCAUGUAACCGGGAGAUGGGGUAGCUCUCGUGUUGGCGCCCCCGGGGGCCCCGAGAUACAACAGCCGACGAACGAUGCACUUCUCAGUGAGAAGUUGUCACGAGCCCCCGCUGUAAAUGUUGACACCACGCCGGAAAAUGCCGGCCAUCUUCACGCUGCUGGCGCCUACAAAUUUGAAGAAAAAACCG